CAUCUUUCCGCUCAACAUAAAAGCAAUAUGGCGGAAGUUUUCGCUAGUUGAUUUCUACGCAAUGACUUUUUUCUUUAAUACGACAUCCUAACCCUCUUGAUGUCAAUUUGAAGAUCUUAAAAACGAAAAAAAUAGGUAUUAGGAAACACUUUCAACUAGCAGAAUGCUAGUUCCGUCAGAGAUUUGCUUGGUGUUUUUGGUUCUAGCACGAGUGAUAGCUGUUCGAAGUUUCACCGAGGAGAAAGAACAAGACAAGUAUACUACAGCUCUCUUGAAUAUUACCUAUUGUGACCCACACAGAAAACACUGUGAUGUGAGUGUAUCGAAAAAGGGCGCUUAUGGCACCCAUAGUAUGCAAGAAGACGCAAGCGGUUGGCUUUAUACGUUGAACGAAGACAACGAAAACGGUUGCGAUGAGUUUAGCAUCGAGGUACAAGUCCGUCCUUGGAUCGCUCUGGUGCGAAGAGGAUCCUGUAGAUUCAACACAAAAAUCGCAAACGCUUUUAAAUACAAUGCCACCGCAAUUAUAAUCUACGAUUCUCAAGACUCUGAUGACGUUAUUACCAUGCUCAAUGCCGGGGCGCCUAAUUUGGUUUCUGUGAGUAUAACGAAAAGACUGGGUGAAUAUUUAGCCGAUAAACUUCGUAACAAUUCGCGAGCCAUCUACGCGGAGAUCCUUGUCGGAGAAAAACACUCGAAAUGGCGGGUGAAUCCUACUUCAGUUCUCUUCGUCUCUGUGUCGUUUAUUGUGUUAAUGGUAAUAUCGCUAGCCUGGUUGGUGUUUUAUUACGUUCAGAGGUUUCGCUAUGUUCAUGCCAGGGAUAAAACCGAGAAACGUCUCUCAUCUGCUGCCAAAAAAGCAAUAGCAAAGCUCCCAACUCGUACUGUGAAGAAGGAUGAAGAAGAGGAAAUAGAUAGCUGUCCAGUCUGCCUUGAUGGCUACAAGAGCGGAGAAGUUAUUCGAAUAUUACCAUGCAACCAUGAGUAUCAUAAAUUGUGUAUUGAUCCCUGGCUAGUGGAACACCGCACGUGCCCUAUGUGCAAGCUCAACAUCCUGAAAGAACUGGGCGUGCCUUCGUCAACAGAGUCCCAGGUCAGUCGUAAUAUAGAGGUGGCCACAGUAGAGCCUCAAGACUACGAGGACCAUGCCAGUGCUGUCGACAAUCCCGUCCUGUACCUGGGUGACGUGGAGCCUGGCUCUCUGCAAUCAUCGAGGCGACCCAGUUGCGGAGGGGAGAGCUCUGGGAGUUCUGAUUCAUCUGCCAGAGUUCUCCACAUCAGUGCAGAUGUGAACUGGGAAAGAGAUGAACAGUCCAGCUCAACUUCGAAUCUUGUAGAUUCAACCGUAAGAACGUGAAGCUUGGCCAUAAUGAUAACAGAAGGGGACAACCUUCUGGCCACAACUUGCUUGAUGAGCAUCUAAUAUUUUCACCUGGCUGUGCUUCCAGCCCAAGGGAAGGAAUAAGUAAAAAGCUGUAAAACCCAGAAGCAAACAAUGGUCUGUCCAUCCAUGAAGUGAUAUUGUGGAGUUGUGUUUCUGGAUCAUUUCAGGCGUGUACCCAGGAUUAACUUGUGGGGGGGGGGGGGGGGGGGUGGUGGGCAGUCAUAGGUAGGUUAUGGAAAAAGAAUAGGGUUCGAAGAUUACUUAUUUGCAGCCUGCGAACCCUAUGUAUGCCUGCCUGCGUUGUCCAGUGGCAAGUGUAAGAUUUUUGCAUGUAGUUAAGGUGUCUCACAUCUGGGUUUUUUAAUAAGUUUGCUUGAUAUUGAUUUUUCAAGGGAGUAAAUGGUAACAUUUAGGCCUGUACCCAGGUUUUCUUUUGGGGGGUGGGGGGGGGAGGGAAUGAGUUCUCUAAAAAAUCUGACCACCCCGAAAGAACAAAAGGGAUUCUUUAUGCCUUUGCAGUAACUUCGGAUUUGGCUACGUACCAAAGUGAUCUAGCUUAUGUUUCAUAGUUUCGUCUACAAAUAGCAUGUCCAUUGGGAACCGAAAGUGGACCUUCGGCUGUAUACAGGUGUACACCUAUUUAUUCAAGGCACAAGGCAAGAAUCUAUGUAUUGUAACCAGCAGUGCUUCAUGAAGAUCAAAUAAUUAAUCCAAUAAGCAUUUCAAAAACAAAUCCAGGUUAGCUUAGCAUUCUUGUUAAUUGUUCCAGUAAAUGUUCACAGGGCUACAGGGCCAAAGCAGGGGGUGGGGCACUGGGUGCAUGUGCCCCCCCCAAAUAUUUAAAAAAAUAUAUAAGGAAAUGACCAGUAGGGGCGUGGCUGUCCCCCCCCAUUGUUUUUUAAUGUUUCUGUAUCGUGCCUCCCCCAAUAAUUCAAGGCCUGCUGUGGCUAUGGGCUUUCAGAUACUAUUUAUGUUUCCCAUAGGUAUGACACAUGAAUUCCCAAGUGCAACUUGAGGACUACUAGGUGUCUUGGUAGUUUGUCAUAAAACAAUAAUUUAUGAUGGGCUAACAAGAAAAAAUACAAUUGGGCUGCCAAAGACAGAAGGCAGUGGCUGGGUAAAGUUUAAUAUGCUUCAGGGGUUUAUUUACUUUAUUUUAUUUUUAAAAAAAUGUAGUCAUUUGGGGCUUCUUAGAGAGUACGCCGUAAUUAUACAUUUCAAUUUUCUGUAUUUCAAUUUUGUUAUGCAAGUAGUCAUUUGAUGGACUUGUAUUUUCCAAUUGUUGUCUUUUGUGAUAUACUUUAACCAUGAAGUGUGAUAGAAGUGGGGCUGAAGUAUGAUGAUAUUGAAGAGAACUCGCUUGGAUUGGACUAGUUCAUAAGGAUACUCAGUUGUACAGGACUCAUCAUAAACUCCCUUCCUAUAUUCCCAUAAAAAAUAUUGGAAGGUUCUUUGCCAGUUAUGUCACUUCUAAGUCUUCACAAUAUUUGAUUUGUCCUUGAAAAUGGGAGCAGUAAAAUGGAUAGCCCACUUGUACUUCUCCAUAAAUAUUCCCCUUUAUUGAAGGUCAUGCUUGCAGUUGGUUUUAUUUGAUUGUAGAGGUUUUUAUUAUAAUUUUGCAAUCUGUUUUUACAGUGUGACGGUGUGACAAGUAAACAUGAACAGAGGAUAUAUGUAUGGAAUGCUGGCUUUGACCAAUAACUUGGGAGAUUUGCAAAAUGUCAACUAGGGACAGUUCUCAAGGCUUGAACUCUCGCAACUUGCCAGGAGACAAUAAGUAUUCCAUGCAUAAUUUUGUUGUUCGUGGUUUUACAUGCCACAUUGUAAGGUACACUAAUUUGGUUUUUGUAGUUAAAAUGGGACUGCCUCUAAAACGUAAAAGCACAUUAAAGCACAUUAUCUGGGUAAUUACUUUGACAAUACAAUAAAUAAAAGCAGGAUAUUAUCAGAAUGGAAAUAUUUCUAUAGAAAUGUUUCUAAAUAUAAGCAAAUUAAUAAUUCACACCCUAAACAAAUUCUUACCAUAUUCCUGCAAAAGUGUUAUAUUAGGAUACUUUUGUUUAAAGGAAUAACCCAUUAGUGCCUUUCCCAUGAAUGCUUACCUAUAACUAUUUUAUUUCUUACAAUAUUUACCCUAUGGACGUAGGCACCCAUGUUAUCUACAGUUAUGUUCCAUCUUGAAUGUUUUGGAACACUAGGUUGAAAAAACUGUUGGUUAAGGAAUGACCAUUUGAUCUUUUAAGAGGGAGGAAUUUUCUGUCGAAUGAGUUUUCCCCUUAGGGAAAGUCAUAUGCAGGACUUUCAGACACCCUGGUUCUAUCUCGUGACUUUUUUUUACAAUUACUAAAAAAUCAAUUCAGUCUAAAUCCCCUUGAUAAAUAAGUCUGAAAUUUUUUCCACCCUACAGCUUCAUUCUAUUAGUAGAAUGUCAAGUAAUGCAUGGAAUAUGUCUAACAAAAUAACAAAUUUUCAAAAUAAACCAAGCAAGUUGGAUACAGAUUUUUUUUAAGGAAAUGGCUAUUUUUCACUUUUUUCAAAGAUCAAAUUGUCGUCCCUACGCUAAGGUUAUAUCCAAGUAAAAAAAUGAAAAUUUAAGUUAAAAGUCACCACAUUUAUUCCUGAGAUGUAGUAUAGCAUUAAUCCAUAAUAUUGCUUUUAUUAAAAUGUAUGGAAUCAUAAGUAGUCCGUGUAAAUUUAGAAAACCAAGUUGGUAAUAAUAAACAAAGAAUAACAAGA